UUCCGCAGGUGAGAGCAUAAAUAAAUACCCCCACAACUACUUCUCGCGUUUCCAUCUCUCUCUCCUCUCUCUCUCUUAAGGUUUGGCAGAGCAGACCCAAACCUCAUCUUCCUCUUCUUCUUCUCUUUCUUCUGCAUUCGGGUACGGACUUCUUCAUUCGGGUACACAAACCCUAAUUUUCAGCUCCGAUCCAAUUAAGGCUGCCAAUUUCUGAUUCCGCUUCAGGACAAACUUCGAAGCAUUCAUGCCAUUCUUCUCCCUCUCGACCACCAUUUUUAUUUAAUCCUUCGCCAUUUCUCUGUUUCUGGUAUCGGAUUCCAAUGCGAGCACUGCAUCUUCUACAACAAGCUGGAAGUUCGGUUCAUUGUUUCUUAAUUUUGGGCUGAUUCGCGCAGUGUUGGAGAUUCGAUUCCCCUUUGCAGCCUUGUUUGAACGGUUUUGACAUUUUGGUUUUUCGAUUUUGGAUCUUCGAGGGAGGGGGUUUGAAAUAAGAUGUUAGGAGAGCUCGCCCGGGAAUCAGACGGGGAGCUAAGCUACGAAGCGGCGGUUAAUUCGAGUCAGAAUUCUAUGAGCAGUGAAAGUUGCAGCAGCUUUAGUCGCCUCUCGUUCGAUGCCGCGAUCGAUUUCCCGACCUCGCGAUCCUCGCCGGAGAGUCUCGAUUUGAAGCCUCACCGAUCGUCGGACUUUGCCUACUCCGCCAUUCGUCGCCGGAAAUCCAAGCUUACCUUCCGCGAUUUUCGGCUCCUCCGCCGAAUCGGCGCCGGUGACAUUGGCACCGUCUACCUGUGCCGGCUGCGGAACUCGAGCGACGGCUGCUACGACGACGAAGACGAUGAUCCGUGUCUGUACGCCAUGAAAGUGGUGGAUAAGGAGGCGCUGGAAUUGAAGAAGAAGGUGCAGAGGGCGGAAAUGGAGAGGAAAAUAUUGAAGAUGCUGGACCAUCCGUUUUUGCCUACUCUCUACGCUGAGUUUGAGGCGUCUCAUUUCUCCUGUAUCGUCAUGGAGUUCUGUUCCGGCGGCGACUUGCAUUCUCUCCGCCAUAAGCAGCCGCACAAACGCUUCUCUCUCAACUCCGCGAGGUUUUAUGCUGCUGAAGUUCUUGUUGCUUUAGAGUAUCUUCACAUGUUGGGAAUAAUCUACAGAGACCUAAAGCCGGAGAAUGUCCUCGUCCGAUCAGACGGCCACAUCAUGUUGUCGGACUUCGAUCUCUCUCUCUGCUCCGACGCCAUCCCGGCCGUUGAAUCGCCGGAAUCUUCCCCGAACCCGAAAUUCCAAGACGCGGCGGCGUACCCCAGAACCAGCACGGCCGCCGCCGCCACUACCCCGUUCUCCUGCCUCUACAACCGGCUUUUCCGGUCGCGCAAGGUCCAGACCCUGACUCCCAACUGGCUCUUCGUCGCCGAACCCGUCUCCGCCCGGUCCUGCUCCUUCGUCGGCACCCACGAGUACGUCUCGCCGGAAGUUGCCGCCGGCGGGUCCCACGGCAACGCCGUCGACUGGUGGGCCUUCGGGGUAUUUCUCUACGAACUGAUCUACGGCCGGACGCCGUUCGCGGCAUCAUCGAACGAGACGACGCUGCGUAACAUCAUAAAGAAGCCGUUGACGUUUCCGACCGCCGUAUCGUCCGGCACGCUUGAGCACCACGCGCGGGACCUCAUAUCCGGGUUGCUAAACAAGGACCCGACCCGGAGACUCGGGUCAAAGCGCGGGUCCGCCGACAUCAAGAAGCACCCUUUCUUCAAGAGCCUCAACUUCGCACUCAUACGGUCCCUCGCUCCUCCAGCGGUUCCCGGCGUACGGCGGCGGAAGCCGGCGCCGGCGUCCAAACCCAAGGACAAGAAGGCACACUCGACGGGAUUCGAUUACUUCUGAAUUAAUCAACGGCGGGAUCCAACGCCACGUGGCGCGCCCAGCUGCCGGAUUUGUCACUGGCAAAUGACAGUCAAAACGUGUAUAUUCGAUCUGCACCUAUUUUCCACCUCUCCGCGUCGACUUUGACGUAUGUUUAAGUGACCUCGUCGUGAUAUUAUAUUA